CUUAUGUCUACCAUACUGCGUAGGGAAUUACUAUGGUAUGUGAAUGUUUUUAAGAUGCCUAAUUGUCCAUAAAAAGACCAUAUGGCACAGUUUAAGGAGUAAAAGAAGACCAAGUAUGGCUGAAAGAAGAAGUGCUUCUUCAUCUACUUCUUCAUCCAUUGAUUCCACUCUUCUUUCUCCUAAAGUCUAUUCUGUUAUGAAUGGUAAACCAGAUCUGAAGACUGUGUGUGCUAUAGUGAGGACAAGCCGAUGGCAUCAGUUGGGUAUACAGUUAGGAGUUGACUCAGAUAUGCUCCAUGAUAUAGAAAGUGAAAAAUCUGACACACAGGAUAAGAGAACACAAAUGUUUCGUCUUUGGAUUGCAAGCCAACCAGAAGCUAGUCACAAUCAACUGGUUGAGGCACUGACACUCAAAGUAAUAGGAGAGGACAGAAUGGCUCAGGAAUAUGAAGAAAGAGUGAAGGAGGAAGCAUCUAAAACCACAGAAACUACUCAAACAGAAACUCAACUUUUUGAACCAUCAUCAGUACCUGCUUGGAACACAAGUAUAGCUAUCAUGACACAAAAAGCAUCAGAAGUGCUAACACUGCAAGCAUUUAAAUUGCAACAAAAAUAUCGCAAGCUCCUUGAGCUAAUACAAGAUCUAUCACAAAAUGCUCAU